GCCCUGGAUUUGUCUCUGGUGGGUGAAGAGCCAUCCCUGUUCAGGAAAGGACCCUGGGAAGUGGUUCUUGCUCUGGAAGCUGGAUUGACCAUGUCUCCUCCAGUCCCUGCAGAGCUGGGCUAUACACCCCCUGAUGGUGGAUGGGGUUGGGCAGUGGUCUUUGGAGCCUCCAUCUCAGUUGGGUUUGCAUUUACCUUUCCUAAAGCUUUCACUAUCUACUUUAAAGAGCUCCAGGCUGUUUACAGCAUUUCCUACAGCCAGAUUGCCUGGAUAACAUCCAUCAUGUGUGCCACCACCUAUGGAGGAGGUCCCAUCAGCAGUAUCCUCGUCAACCGCUAUGGCAGCCGCCCCGUGGUUAUGUUUGGGGGGCUGCUCUGUGGCAUUGGGAUGGUCUCAGCUGCCUUCUGCACCACCAUCCUGCAGCUCUACAUCUGCGUGGGAUUCAUCACAGGGUUUGGCCUUGCUCUGAACCUUCAGCCAUCAGUGAUAAUCAUAGGGAAAUACUUUUUAAAGAGAAGACCCAUUGCCAAUGGCCUUGCUAUGGCAGGGAGCCCUGUGAUGCUUUGCACCCUGGCUCCUCUCAACCAGUACCUGCUUGACAAUUUUGGCUGGAGGGGAAGCUUUUUGAUUCUUGGGGCAAUUUUAUUACACUGCUGUGUGGCAGGAGCCCUUUUCAGACCCAUUGGGGCAGCCACAGCAUCAGUCAAAACCCAGGCAGCUGAGAGAGGGAAGGAUGCCCUGGAAGAAGAGGUCACCAAGGAUGCCUUGGAAAUGAGCAGUGCCACAACUGUCCCUGUGGAUACCAAAACAGAAGAGGAAGGGGAAAAGGACUGUUGUGAAAAAAUCAAUCAGUACCUUGAUUUUUCCCUUUUCAAGCACAGAGGGUUCUUGAUUUACCUGAUUGGAAACGUCCUCAUGUUCCUGGGAUUUUUUGCCCCCAUUGUGUUUCUGGCACCCUAUGCAAAGCACAUUGGCAUUGAUGAAUAUUCAGCUGCUUUCCUCCUUUCCAUCCUGGCCAUCGUGGACAUGAUUGCCCGACCCACCACUGGCAUCAUAGCAAACAGCAAGUGGGUGAGGCCACGGAUUCAAUAUUUUUUCAGCUUUUCCAUUGCUUUCAAUGGUGCCUGCCACCUUCUGUGCCCACUGGCUUCUGGCUACAUGGGGCUCGUGGUUUACUCCAUUUUUUUUGGCUUGGCCUUUGGCAUGGUUUGUGCCAUGCUCUUUGAAACACUCAUGGACCUUGUGGGAGCUGCCAGGUUCACAAGUGCUGUUGGCCUGGUCACCAUUGCAGAGUGUUGCACAAUAUUGCUGGGACCACCUAUAGGAGGAACACUUAUUGAUACCUUUGGGGACUAUAAAUAUAUGUUCAUUAAAUGUGGAGCUGUGAUGGUCCUGGCAGGAACCUUCCUGUUCAUCAUGAAUUAUUAUAAUUAUCGGGUGCUUGCCAAGGAGGAGAAGGAAAGAAAGGCAAAAGAAGAGGACCCUAAAUCUGUAAGGACAGAAAAUGAAAGCAGAAAUAACUGGAACAAAGAAAAUGCACAGGAUGGACCUGAGCUGGAACCUUUAAGAGAGGAACGAGAAGGACUAAAAAAGGAAGCAAAUGGCACAAAUGAAGUUUAAACCUUUUCAUGUGCUCUGAGUAGAAGAUUACUUCUGGGUUACUUAAAUGGACACCAGCUGUGAAAUCACACUAGGUUUUUAUUUUUUGCCCUAUGCUGUGCCUUGUGCAUCUUCUUCUUUGUUACUGGAGAAGACUUGAAGAGAAACAAAUGUAGUAUCCAUUUGCAUACCAAAGGUCCUGCACCAUUUUUGUUCAGAUGUUUCCAGUUUCCUAGUCUUGCCCUGGUAUGGGUAUAACUAAAACCCCACUUUUAUUCCCUGUACUACAGAUCUACUCAGAGAAAAGGCCAAUGGCCAUCAGAGUCAAUGCAGAGUCCUUCUGGCAGCCCGAAUUUCCUUUUCCUUGAUCACUUUGGUGGUUGGAUCUUCUCACCAUGUCCUCGAAACACUUUGAAGGGUCAGAAUUACCCCAGGGAUUUGGUGCUGCCUUCCCCUGGCAGCAUAGACAUGGAAAACAGACUUUACACUAAAAUACAUGAGAAAACUGCUUGAACAGAGGGAGGGCAGGAGAUACCCACUUUACCAGUGGGUAAAAUGGCAGCCUGGCAGCCUAUGUCCAGUGUCUCAGUGUUUUUAGCAUGGUUUUUUAUUUUUACAACACCCUGGUGAGGCAGUAAGUGCUGUUACAAUUAAUUAAUUUUACUAAUGAAGAACUGAAGCACAAGAGGAGGUAGGGGCAUCAUUGCAUCAGGGAAUGAACCUUAGGCAUGGCACAGCUGAAAUGGGAUCCUCUGCCCUCAGCUGGGCACAUCUCUGUGGAUGAAGACAUCAGCAGAUGAUGCUUCAUAUUACUCAGGAUUAAUGAUUUUAAACAGUGUCUUGGAGCUGUGAUCUUGGGCCACAUUUUUUUAAGCUGUUUAGGAUGCAUCCAUCCUGGAGGAAUCCAAGCACAGCUGCCCCUGCCUUGUCUGGCCAGGUUAAGGCAUCUCUGUGGUGCCUCUUGCCAUCCUGUUGCAUGAAAUAAAGUUUCCCCAGAUCAGCCAGACAGAACUGGAGCUGAGGCCACGUUCUGGGCCCCUUAUCCAGAGGUGAUAAUAUUGAGAUAGGAAGAUCUGGACUCUGACAGCAAAGCACUGAUGGAUUUUAUAAGAAGCAGGUGUUGCCCAGGAGCUGUGGAUGCUGAGCAUGGUAUCAUGGAGCUGAAUCAUCUGCCUUUUGUGGAUUUAGCUCCAAGUUACUGGAAAAAAAAACAAAGACUUUGAGGCAAAUCUGAAGACACCAAGGGCUAGGUCUUUUUUUAUUUUGCUGCAGUGGCACCCUUGUGUGAUCAGAUAAAGUUUUUUUCAUUCCUUUGUCACUGAAGAACUGCAUUUAAUUAUCAUGUGUGUGCUCACUGUGAAAAAUGACUUGUAAAAAUACUUCCAUAAAUAUACCAUACUCUGAAAUUUA